AUGUCUAAAAGAGGGCAAUAUUACACGUGGAGUGAAACAAGCAUGAAACUAGCAUUACAGGCAUUACGUAAUAGGGAAGUUGGCUUAAAUGAAGCAAGCACAAUUUACGGUGUACCAAAAGCUACAUUAAAGAGACGACUUGAUGGCUCAAAUCAAACAGCCAAAGAAGAAAAACAAACGCCAGGUUCUGCAGGUGAUCUCACACCUGAAUUGGAAGAAAAGUUGUACCAACAUAUUCUAGAAAUGGAAGCCUGUUUGUACGGUCUAACACCAAAAGAUCCGACCACGAAGCAGAAAGUUUUGCUGUUACUUGAUGGACACACUAGUCACACAAAAAAUUUGGAUGCUAUUAAAUAUGCCAAGGAAAACAAUGUUGUGUUACUGUCACUUCCUGCUCAUACUUCCAAUAAACUGCAGCCCCUAGAUACUUCGUUUUUUAGACCGUUGAGUUGCUAUUAUAUAGAUGAAACAGAGAAGUGGCUGCGUACAAAUCCAGGAAGACGUGUUACAGUAUUUCAAAUUUCAAUGCUUUUCGGUAAAGCCUACGCCCGUGCUGCAUCUAUUGCAACCGCUGAAAGUGGAUUUCGAAGUACGGGCAUAUAUCCUUUUAAUAAGGAUAUUUUCCAGGAUUAUGAGUUCGUUACUUUACCUGAAGAUAACGACAACUUACCGGCUAUUGAGAAUGAGAACAUGAUUGUAGAUCCUUUGUUUUCAGAGCUUAAUGAUGUAGAUGACAAUGGAAUACCAAAAGAUGUUACCUCGGAUGAUCCACCAUUUUCGUGCACCAGUGUUGAAUCUACUGAUGUAAAUACGAUGCAAACAAUACCGUCUGCUUCCAAAACACCUGUUAUACCAAGCCAUGAUUUAUCGGAUAAUUGCAACAAUAUAAAUAUUCAACCUGAAACACCAAUCAUAGCAACAAAAGAAGUAAAACAAUGGCAGCCACUUCCAAGCACUAGCUCAGAAUUUCAAAUUUGUAGUGUAAGUCCGACUGCAAAGAAAGUCAUGCAAGAAUUGAGAAAAGGAAGUCGUAAACCACAAUCGGCAAUAGAGUUAACUGCUUCCCCAUAUAAAAGACAAUUGGAAGAGUCAAAAGCUAAAGCAUCCAAAACAAAAUCUGAUGCUGAAAAGAGAAAGAAAGUUGCUGCAUUAAACUUGGAGAAAACAGUAAAAUCUAAUAGAGGUCCAGAAAAACAGAUAAAGAAAGACGUGAAGAGAAAGAAAGUGCCAGCUGGGGAGUUAGAAAAAUGGUUCUGCAAAAUUUGUCUCCAUUGUGCUAUUGAAGACAUGAUACAAUGUUUGUCAUGUAAAUGUUGGGUCCACGAGGAGUGUGCUUGCGUUAAAAAAGGGAUCAAAAAAUAUAUUUGUCCAUCAUGUACUGAAUAA